GACACAGAAAACAAUAAUCAUCAGCAUCAUCAUCAUCGAUGGUAAUUCUAGCUGAUAGCUCUUCCCCAUAUCUUUGCAAUCAAUAAAUCCUUUCCCUCCUUUUCUUCUCGUCGAUCCCACCAUUGUUUCUUGUUAGUGAAAUUAAUAGAGCGAUUAAUUAAAAAUUGAAGAAGAAGAAGAAGAAGUUGAUAUAUAUAGAGCUAGAUGGGUGGUGGCAUCCGUGCUUUAGCAGUACCGGUGGUGUACUGGUGGCUCUCCGUUAGCUUGCUAUUAUGGGUGGCCUUCCCCUACCCGGCGGCGGCGCAGCUCCGGCGGAACUACUACGCCAACGUCUGCCCCAACGUCGAAUCCAUCGUCCGCGGAGUUGUCCGGACCAAAAUCCAACAGACCUUCGUCACCAUUCCGGGCACUCUCCGUCUCUUCUUCCACGAUUGCUUCGUCCAGGGUUGUGAUGCGUCGAUAAUUAUUGCUUCAACCGGAAACAACAAGGCGGAGAAGGAUAACCCGGAUAAUCUGUCAUUGGCCGGCGACGGAUUCGACACCGUUAUAAAGGCAAAAGCCGCCGUCGACGCCGUGCCCCGUUGCCGGAAUAAGGUUUCCUGCGCCGAUAUUCUCGCCAUGGCCACCCGCGAUGUCAUUGCAUUGUCUGGUGGACCGUCGUACGCGGUUGAGCUCGGAAGAUUGGACGGGCUAAGCUCAACAGCUGCGAGUGUGAACGGGAGGCUGCCCCAGCCAACCUUCAAUUUGAAUCGGCUCAACUCCCUGUUUGCUGCUCACGGCCUCUCCCAAGCAGACAUGAUUGCUCUCUCAGGGGCACACACCGUAGGAUUCUCACAUUGCGGCAAGUUCGCGAACCGGAUCUACAACUUCAGCCGUGUAAGUUCGGUGGACCCGGCGCUGAACCAGGGGUACGCGGCUCAGCUGCAGUCGAUGUGCCCGAAGAACGUGGACCCGAGGAUAGCCAUCAACAUGGACCCAAACACUCCUCAAGUCUUCGAUAACAUGUACUACAAGAACCUACAGCAAGGAAAGGGCUUGUUCACCUCGGACCAAGUCCUAUUCUCGGACCGCCGGUCCAGGCCCACUGUAAAUGCGUGGGCCAGCAACUCGGACGCCUUUAACAAUGCCUUCGUUGCGGCAAUGACCAAGCUGGGCCGGGUCGGAGUCAAGACCGGAAGGAACGGCAACAUUCGCCGCGACUGCUCUGCUUUCAAUUAAAAAAUAAAAAUAAAAUUUAUUUAUAAUAAUAAUAAUAAUAAUAAUAAUAAUGUUUUCGAUUCUUAACUCAAAAUAUGAAUAGAGAUUUUGUUGGGGUUGAGAUGAGACUACGUGAAAAAUAUUUGAAUAUUUAUUUGUUUUUUUUAUAAGAAAUUUCUGACUAAGAUUGUGAUUUAAAUAAUGCAAUUAUGCAAAUCAGUCCACAAGGGCUUGUCUGUAAUUAUGCAAUUGAAUCGAAUAAUUCAUUUGAUUCA